ACGGCUCCGAGCAGGAGUGUUUCCAGCAGACAGACUUUCAUCACUGCGGCCCGUCACACCAUGGAUAUCUUUUUCACCCCUUCAUUCCCAGUUUUAUGCCAGGAUUCUAGAGGCCACAACUAUACAAUCCCCUGUGCUGACAACCAAACACUGAACUCAACAUCUCCCUCUACGGUUAACCCUCCAGCGUUCGGGAUGUCCUACUUCACCAUGACUCUCGGCGCACUCUCAAACCUAACCGCACUUGCAAUCCUGGCCCACUCCUACGCCAGCUUUCGCAGACGAGCCAAAGUGCCGUUUCUGCUAUUAGCGUCAACCCUUCUUCUGAGUGAUCUGGCGGGUCACUUGAUCACCGGGGCUCUGGCUCUUAACCUCCACCUGGAAAGGGUAAAGCAUCACGGACAGAUGGAAGUGGAGCCUCCUCGGAUUUACUGCAAGCUUUUUGGAGCUUGCAUGGUGUUUUUCGGCCUUUGUCCAUUACUUCUUGGAAGUGCUAUGGCUGUGGAGCGUUGCAUUGGCAUUACUCAACCCCUCCUGCAUUCGACGGUCGUCACCAUGACCCGUGUGCGGCUCUCUGUGCUCCUCAUCACCUCAAUGGCGCUCACUUUAGCUGGACUCCCUCUGCUAAACGUAGGCAACUAUAAACCGCAGUUUCCUGGCACCUGGUGUUUCCUUCCUGUGAACGGCCCGCUCUCCAUUGCUGAUGUCAGCCUCACUUUGGCGUUUUCAAUACUGGGGCUUGUAACUUUGAUCGUCUCAUUAGUUUCUAACACUUUAAGCGGGCUGAAAUUGCUCCAGGCGAGGAUUAAGGAUGGCUGUCUGAAGUCAAACGCCGCUCGGAGACACGGAUCUUUCUCGUCUUCCUCUCUGCACUCGCUGGAUGUGGAGAUGAUGACGCAGUUGGCUGUGAUAACCGUGGUCUCCUGUGUCUGCUGGAGUCCCUUUCUUAUUUACAUCCUCAUGUCCGUUAGCAGGUUUUAUGAAGGAGUCAGCAGACCGAAGCACCAGUGUGAGAAGCUAUUUCUCUUGGCUCUACGUUUGGCGAGCUGGAACCAGAUUCUGGACCCGUGGGUUUACAUCCUUCUGAGGCGAGCGGUCCUGCGCAGAGUCCUUCAGCUGCUGCAGCCGGACAGAGCUGUGUACACACAGAGCAGUUCCUACAGAGACUCACACAGAAAGACAAUAAGCUGAUCACACACAAUGCAAAAAAAAAAAUGCUUUACCUACACUGUAAAAAAUCUGUUAUUUAACAUUUUCCAGGUGAAGCAGUGGCGCAGUAGGUAGUGCUGUUGCCUCACAGCAAGAAGGUCGCUGGAUCGCUGGUUCGAGCCUCAGC